AUGGCAGCAACGAGUGUUGUUGUCUUAGAUAGGGGAAAUAAUACAACAUGUACUAUCAAUUUACAUGGUGCUACUGUUGUAUCUUGGCGAGUAAAUAACCAAGAACAAUUGUUCGUUAGUAAACAAGCAAUAUUUGAUGGGAAAAAGGCUAUCAGAGGAGGAGUACCUUUUGUAUUUCCUCAAUUUGGACACUGGAGUUUCGGACCUCAACAUGGUUUUGCUCGUAUCACACGUUGGAAUUUGGAAAAGGCUCCAGAAAGGUUACCAAGCGGUGACGUCGAAGCUGUAUUUUCAUUAACGGAUAAUGAAUUUACACGUUCGAUGUGGAAUUAUCAAUUUCGAUUGACUUAUAGGCUUAUUUUGAGGGAAAAAGAACUUCAUUUUAAUAUUGGAAUAUACAAUCCGAGUAAACAAUUAACUUUCAGUUUUAAUUUACUUUUGCACACGUAUUUUAAGUGCCCAGACGUUCGAAGGUGUCAAAUCACUGGAUUACACGGUUGUCCAUUUAUUGAUAAAACUAGAGAAGGAGCAGCGUAUCAGGAAGGUCGCGACGUAGUUACUAUAAGUGAAUGGACGGAUCGAAUUUAUAGGAAUACCCCGCAGGAACAUAUUAUAACAAAUGUAGUUUCUGGAAGAAAAAUGAGAAUACAAAAAUACAAUUUUCCCGACACCGUCAUAUGGAAUCCAUGGAUGGAUCAAGCAAAAGAAAUUCCAGAUUUCGGAGACGAUGAAUUUCCAAACAUGGUUUGCGUUGAAUCGGGACACGUUUCGAGUCCGGUCAUUCUUCUUCCUGGAACUGCCUUCGAGGCUAGUCAAAUAUUGCAAGUAAUGUGA